CCCAUGAAUGGCAACAGAUGGGGUGGAAGCGUCUCAGAUAUAAAGCUUCUCUCAGAUUUCUUACCUGACUUGCCGCCAGUGAAUCCUUUCCAAGAUGAUACUUCAGACCGGUUUUACGUGCUGAAAAAAUCAGAGGUGAAGAAAAAUGACUGGAUUCGUCUGUAUUUGGAACUCGCAGUUGCCACAACUAAUAGGACCCAUAGCAAAUUUGGUAUGGCCAAUUUGAAGAUUCUUAGAGUGGCUAUGGAAACUCCACGAGAACAUGUGUUGCCCAUUACCGAGGGACUUGGCGCCUAUGAUGCUAUUUUCUACAUUAGGUACACAGACUCAUGCAAGGCUCGGGCUGGCGACGAUGUUGAUCGUGUUGCUGUUGUCAGAAGAAUCUUGGAUGACCAUACGGAAGUCUUUAGACUCGUGGGUCGCACUCACAGCAUCAGAUUAUUAGGGAACGGGGAAUCCCAGAAGACAGCUGUGCAUGGCUCGGAGGACAUAGAGAUUCCACAGGACAAUCAGACAUGA